GUCCUCCGGGCCGGUCCUCCAGACGGGAUGAGGCGAGCGCCGAUGGUCCUCCAGCCUGGGCCUAAGAGCGAGAGCGGGCGGAGACGUGGUCUGGACCGGGCCGAGGUGAAGGGGACCCGCACUGGCCGGCGGCCCGGGGUUUAGGAGCCGUUGCUGUGAGAGACGGGGACGUGAGUGGCCAUGGAGGGCGGGGAGGGCGCCCAGGGUGUCGGUGAGCCCUACAUCUGCUCGGUGUGUGGGCUGAGCUUUGAUGGGCUGGCGGCAGUGGAGGACCACAUGAUGGUGCACAACAAGGUGAAGCGUUAUUCGUGCGACGUUUGUGGCAAGGCCUGGCAGCACCCGAGCCAACUGGAGAACCACCGGCAGGUGCACACGCAAGAACGCCACUUCGACUGUUCCAAAUGCGACAAGAGCUUCAAGACAGCUCAGGAACUGAAGAACCAUCGACGGGUGCAUUGGGGCGAGUUGCUCUAUGACUGCUCCACCUGUGGCAUGAGCUUUGUCCAGUUGUCGGUGCUACAGCGGCACCAGCGGGUGCACAGCAGUGAACGACCCUUCACCUGCUCCGACUGCGGCAAAGGCUUCAAGUCAUCGCCAGACCUGAAGGUGCACAGGCUCCUGCACACCGGGGAGCGGCCCUACACCUGCAGCGAGUGCGGCAAGGGCUUCACCCGCUCCAACAGCCUGCUGAGGCACGAGCGCACCCACACCGGCGAGCGCCCCUACAUCUGCGCGCAGUGCGGCAAGAGCUACACACGCUCCAGCAACCUGCUGGAGCACCAGCACACCCACGCCGGCAAGCGCCCCUACACCUGCGCCCAGUGUGGCAAGAGCUACAUCCACUCCACCAGCCUGCUGGAGCACCAGCGCACCCACACUGGGGAGCACCCCUACACCUGCGCCCAGUGCGGCAAGGGCUUCAGCCGCCCCUCCAGCCUGUUGCAGCACCAGCGGGUGCACGCCGCUGACCGUCCCGUCCCCAGCCCGGUGUGUGGAGAGCGCUUUGCCACUGCCUCCCACGCCCCGUCUCACUAGCACGUGCAUACCAGUGGCCAUCCCUAAGACUGCCCGUACUGUGGUGAGGCAUUUGCCAGCUCGCGGGGGGUUGCAGCAGCACCAGCGGGCCCACACUGGCGAGCGGCAAGCAUUUCAAGAGCACAAGGGGACUGCGGGUGCACCAGCCAGUACACACCAGAGAGAGAACCUUUGUGUGCGCUGAGUGCCAAGAGUUUCACACGCAUAUCCAGCCUGUGGCAGCACCGGCGUACCCACAGUGGUGAGUUACCCUUCCCCUGUGUUGAGGGCUUCACCAGUCUUGACCAUCUGCUGGAGCACCGGCGAGUCCACACCGGCCAGCGCCCUUUCACCUGCCCGCUUUGUGGCAAGGCCUUUGCCUGCUCCUCCAGCCUGCUGGCACACCGCAACAAGGAUAGGUGCUGUUUAGGUAGACACAAAAUGCUGGAAGGAAUGGGUAACGUUUUGGGUCGAUAGCCUUCUUCAGUCUCGACCCAAAACCUCACCCAUUCCUUCUCUCAUGAGAUGCUGCCUGGCCCGCUGACUUAUUCCAGCAUUUCGUGUCCUUUUGUGUAAACCAGCAUCUGCAGUUUCUUGUUUUUAAACCAUUCUGGUUAAUCAUCUCUGCUCCUUCCCCAAAGCCUGCACAUCAGUCCUGUAAUGGAGUGACUAGCAAUACUCCAAAUGCUACCUGACCAAUGUCCCUUAAAGCUACACAUAUACAUUCCUCUCCUUAUCUCACACCCUUUUAUCAUAUUUUCUCUCGCCUCAGUCACUCACUUCACUCAUCUGCCGAUCACCCCCUCAUCUGUCAACAUAGCGUCAAUCUGAAGAAGGGUCCCGACCCGAAAUGCCAUCUAUCCAUGUUCUCCACAGAUGCUGCCAGACCCGCUGAGUUACUGUCGCACUUUGUGUUAGAAUCAUACAGUGAAAACUGGCCUUUCAACCCAAUUUGCCCACACCUACCAACAUGUCCCAGCUACACUAGUCCCACCUGCCUGUUUUUGGUCCAUAUACCACUAAACUUGUCCUAUUCCAUGUACCUAUCUAACUGUUUCUUAAAUGUUGGGAUAGUCCCAGCCUCCACUACCUACUCUGGCAGUUUGUUCCCUGCACCCACCACCCUUUGUGUGAAAAGGAUCCCUCUCGGAUUCCUAUUAAAUCUUUUCACCUUGAACCCAUGUCCUCUGGUCAUCGAUUUCCCCCACUCCAGGCAAGAGAUUCUGUGCAUCUAACUAAAUUGUGUUCUAUGCAAGAUUCCAGCAUCUGCAGUUUCUUGAGUCUCCCUCACCUCUACCCACCUAUCACUUCUGAAGAAGGUUCUCAAUCUGAAACGUCACCCAUUUCUUCUUUCUGGAGAUGCUGCCUGUCCUGCUGAGUUACUGCAGCAUUUUGUGAACACCUAUCACUUGCCAGGCUUUGUCCAGCCCCCAUCUCCCUUUUCCAGCUUCCUGCCCCACCCUCUCCAAUCAGGCUGAGGAUGGGUCCUGACUCAAAACGUCGUCUGUCCAUUCCCUCUAAAGCGGUGGAGGAACUUGUUGUACUUCGUGGUCCGGUAUCUGUUAUACCAUUGUUAUGACUGGAAUGACGGCAAGUUCAUGUAUUUAGGGGUUUGAAGCUGAGCAUAAAUCAAGGCUCUGUUUAAUUCACGGCCAUCUGGAACCAGAGUGCCCCGCCCAUAUUAAGUCAUUCCCACAUAUACAUGUUGCUACGUGGGCAAACCAAGUAGUCCUUGUGAUAUAACAAAAUAGUCCUUGCAAUAUCACAACACCCCCCUUGUCUUACAUCAAAUAAAAAAUAUGGUUAAUAAACAAAACUCUACACACAAUCAGUCUGAAGAAGGGUUUUGGCCCGAAAUGUCGCCUAUUUCCUUCGCUCCAUAGAUGCUGCUGCACCCGCUGAGUUUCUCCAGCAUUUUUGUGUACCUUCUACACACAAUUGCUUUCUUAUAAAAACUAAAAUUCUUCAAUAAUGAUUAUCAACUGUAACGUGCAGGUUUCUUACUAACACGUCCUGAACGUGUCAUGUAUUCUCCAUCAGCAGUAUGUGCCGGUUGUUCCUCCUCUUUAUAUUUGGUCUUGCAAUGGGGACCACAACCUGGUUGCUCCAGUGGAGGAACAUCUCACAACUGCACCCGAUUCCGUCUUAAUCUAUUUCCAUUUGGAGUUUCAAUUAUGUAAGAUCUUGAUUGGGGUUUGUCACAGAUUGUUCUCACUUCUGCUGGUAUCCAGUCAUGAGUUGCUUGAUCCAGAACCCGGACCUGGUGUCCAAUGUGUAAUGGUUUCAAGUUUUGUCUCUUGACCGAAGUAUCAAAAUGCGCCUUCAUUCGCUGCCUGCGCUCUUCAAGUCACUCAAAGUUCCUCUGCCCUUGGUAUGUCUUGUCCGUGUCAGGGUUAGUGGCUAGAGGUGUCUGUAUCUGUCUUCCAAACAUCAUCUCUGCUGGUGACGGUAACUUGGAAUCAAUCGGUGCAGCACGCAAGUUGAGUAAAGCUGCUGCUACACUCUGUUCCGUUGUCAAGGACUUCUUGAUGACGGAUUUCACCGUUUGUACAAUUCUCUCAACAAGUCCAUUCGACUGAGGAUACCUAGGUAAGAACGUCGUCUGGGUGAUUCCCCAUUGCUUGCACUUGAACAAGUUCUCCAACAAACGUUGUCGGAGAUUUCCGUCGGUGCUCCUAGGAGGCCAAAUGUUGCAGUCACCAUAUUAGCAGCCAUGGCACUCGUGGUGCUUGUCAACUUAUGCACCACCAGAAACUUGGAAUGGUAAUCUACCAUAACAAGAUAUUGUAUCUUGUCAAGUUCAAACAUCCAUUGCUAUGUUGGUCCAAGGUGUGACUGGUAUCUCGUGUGGUAUGAGUGUUUCCCUCGUUUGGUCUGGCAUGUGCUUCUGGCACUGACUACACCUUUGUACAAGGUCAUCAAUGUGACGGUUCAUGUUGAGCCAAUAGAUCAUUUGUCUUGCUAGAAAUCGAGUCUUUUCGAUGCCCUGGUGGCCAGCAUGAAGUUGAUGCAGGAUAUCCUGCCUCAUCGACUCAGGAUUGAUUACUUGCCUUCCUUUGAACAUGGCCCCAUUCGUCUCAUGAAGGCCAGUAGGGCCAUAGUUCAGCAGGUAUCUCCUGUCGCUGGUCAUCCAGAAUGAAUGUACUGCAUGACCAUAUGCAGUAUAGCGUCACGACAACUUUCUGUCUGCAGCUCCUCUUUUGGGUUUGCCGAAGUUCAUCAAGUCGAUGUCUAGUGUGUCUUUGACAUUGUCGAAGAAGAUGCUCUCAACAUAUACAUGGAGAUCGAUGCUCUCUAUCUCUGCGGGUUGGGCAGUCUGCUGAGAGUGUCAGCAACGAUCAUCUCUGCCCUACGUCUGUGCUCUAUGGUGAAGUUGUAUCCUUGCACCUUGAUGAGCAUCCGCUGCAGUCAGGGUGGGGCACUUGGGAGUGGUUUGCCACAGAUAGUGACAAGAGGAACUUUAAAAUCUCGCCCAAAUAGGUACGUAUGAAACAUUGUGAUUCCAAAGACUAAGGCAAGUUCAAUAUUGCAGUAGCAGGACUGGCAUGAAGACAGAGCUUUUGAAGUGUAUGCAACAGGCCGUCCUUCCAGCGAAAGGCAUGCUCCUACUACUUUCAAUAACGCAUCUACCUCGAGGGUGACGGAAGCAUCUGGGCGAUAGUGCUGGAGUACAGAUUCCUCUUGUAUGCUGCCCUUCAGGUCGCAGAACACCAUCUGGUGGUCUUCUUGCCACAAGAAUGGGACAUCUUUCAUCAGUAAAUCCCUCAAGAUGGCGGCCUGGUCAGCAUAGUUUGGGAUGUAGGGCGACAAAAAAUUAAUCAUCCCCAGGAACCGUUGCAGAUCUUCUUUGUCCUGCGGUGUUGGCAUCAUGUGAAUGUUCUUCAUGUUACAAGGAACUGGUCUGAUGUCUGUGUCUGAAUAGACUGACCCGAAGAAGUUGAUGGCCUUCACUACGCACUUUGCACUGUUGAAAACUAGUCCUUCCUGGGAUGCUGUCUCAAACAGCUUCUUCAGAUUACCGGCAUGUUCUUGUUCCGUGGAUCCCACUACGACAAUAUCAUCUGCAAUGCAGAUGCAUCCAGGACCCUGUUCUAUGAUUGUGUCCAUACGUCGCUGGAAUAUAUCCUGGCUCAUGGACAAGCCGAAAGGUAACCUGUUGCAAUACCUGCCAAAAGGUGUCCGGAACGUGGUAAGUUCCUGGCUUGCCUCAUCAAGUCGGACGGACCAAUAGCCCGCUUUUGCAUCAAGUUUGGUGAAGGAUUUCACAUUGGCAAAAGCUGGAUUGAUUUUUUUCAAGGAUUGGAUCUUGUGUGGGCAACAUUUGAGACUUGCAUUGAAACGUUUUGGGUCUAGGCAUACCCUGCUUGAUCCGUCUUUCUUAACGGAGGUUGUUAUUAAACUGCACCAGUCCGUAUGGUGAGUUAUUUUUCUGAUGAUUCCAUCCUCCUCCAUUUUAUCCAACUCGGCCAGCAACUCGUCUCUGAUAUGGACACUGCAUUUCCUUGGUGCGUCUAUGUGUGGUGUGGCCUUCUCCUUGAGAUGAAGGGUUGCUGGCUCCUUGAAGUUGCCAAUCCUGUCGAACUAUUUAGGCCAUCUCUUCACUAGGUCUCCCACUGAGUUGAAACUGUCUUGCUCCUUCCGAGCGUUUGAUGGGUGCUCUUCUGUUCCCAUGGCAUAUAUCGUGAAGACCUGAAGUUGCUUGAUACCUGGGAGGCCAAUGAAAGCGGGUCCUGCCACGUCCAUCACGAAUAAUUCUUGAGUACACCACCUUGGUAUCGGCAUGAAAUGGAUAUAGUUCCAACACAAAGGAUUUCUGUCCCGUUAUAUGCCAUCAGUUGGACUUUGCAUGGUCGUAGGUACUGCUUAUAUUUGUCACGUGGAUACAUGUCUUGUAUGACCCGAAGGGGAAGGGUAUUUCCUCCAGCUCUGGUGUCUAUCUUCACCUUCAGUCGACAUUGCCCCUUCAUCGAUGGGCAUAUGAUGUUCAACACUGCAAAUGCCUCGUUGCCUAUUGGAGGCAUCCUGUCCAGACUUGAAAUGGUGAUGGUAUUGAUAAACCUAUUAGAUCCUUCAUUUUGACUGUCGCAGUACAAUGCAUAACCUCCUUGGGACUGUUGCCGUACCUCGUCAACCUGUUUGUAUUUGCCACUUGACAAUUUAGAUGGGCAUAUAUUAUUCUUAGACCUACAACAACUUGCCCAAUGCCCUCCCUUGCCACACUUCUUACAUGUGACGCGAUACGCUGGGCAUUGCUUGUGCUUGUGAAACAAAGCACAUUGGCCACAAGGGUUUUGUCUCUCCUCAUCUUGCGGUUUUUGCUUCGUUGUCCCUCUUGUCUUGACUGCAUCUAUAUUGCAAGACCUGGGCUCUAAAUCUGCAAUGCAUUGUCUGCCUGCCGCAAUGGCCUCGUACUGCCUGCCUAAUGUAAACGCCUCUGGAAUGGUGUAUCCCACAUGCUUCUGUAGAAGCUCUCACUGUAAACCUUCAUAGGGCAUUGACGCAAUUAUCAACAAUGAUUCUUUCAUUGAGCUCGGGAUCAGUGAAGUUACAUUGGAAACUCUUUUUUCGGCACCGGGUCACAAAUUGAUCGAGCAAUUCAUCCAGUUUCUGGCGAUACUGCAUCAACUCCAACCUGUAGACUCUGAAAUUUACCUUUGCCCUCAGGUGGCCCUCAAAGAAUGUCCAUAUCUCUUCUCGCUUGUUUUGAUUCUCUUUGCUCAGACCUGAUGCAUUCAAACGACAGAGUCCUUCUCCUGAAGCAAGUUUUAUCUUUGUUGCCUGCUUAGAAUGUGAUUUCUAAGUCUUGCAGGCACAAUUUCAUCCUCUGCUUGAUCAAGGAGAACUCAUUGGCAAUGUCUAGCACUUGCCAGUUCAUUUCAGGUAACCGAGGCAUGUUACUUGCCAUAUACGGCGUAAAGACGGUAACCUGAAAUAUUAAAUUUGGAUUCAAAACAAACGUAUUACAGAGAGUAAUGGUGGAUGGCUAUUUGUCAGGUUGGAGGCCGGUGACUAGUGGGGUGCCUCAGGGAUCUGUGUUGGGUCCACUGUUGUUUGUCAUAUACAUCAAUGAUGUGCAUGAUGGUGUGGUAAAUUAGAUUAGUAAGUAUGCAGAUGAUACUAAAAUAGGUGUUGUGGAUGAUGAAGUAGAUUUUCAAAGUCUACAGAGAGAUUUAGGCCAUUUGGAAGAGUGGACUGAAAGAUGGCAGAUGGAGUUUAAUGCUAACAAGUGUGAGGUGCUACAUCAUGGUAGUACAAAUCAAAAUAGGAUGUACAUGGUAAAUGGUAGCGAAUUGAGGAAUGCAGUUGAACAGAGGGAUCUAGGAAUUACUGCAUAGUUCCCUGAAGGUGGAAUCUCAUGUAGAUAGGGUGGUAAAGAAAGCUUUUGGUGUGCUGGCCUUUAUAAAUCAGAGCAUUGAGUAUAGAAGUUGGGAUGUAAUGUUAAAAUUGUACAAGGCAUUGGUGAGGCCAAUUCUGGAGUAUGAUAUACAAUUUUGGUCACCAAAUUAUAGGAAAGAUGUCAACAAAAUAGAGAGAGUACAGAGGAGAUUUACUAGAAUGUUGCCUGGGUUUCAGCACCUGAGUUAGAGAAAGGUUGAACAAGUUAUGUCUUUAUUCUUUGGAGCGCAGAAGGUUAAGGGGGGACUUGAUAGAGGUCUUUAAAAUGAUGAGAGGGAUAGACAGAGUUGACGUGGAUAAGCUUUUUCGAUUGAGAGUAGGGAAGAUUCAAACUAGAGGACAUGAUUUGAGAAUUAAGGGGCAGAAGUUUAGGGGUAACAUGCGGGGGAACCUCUUUACUCGGAGAGUGGUAGCUGUGUGGAAUGAGCUUCCAGUGGAAGUGGUGGAGGCAGGUUCGAUUUUAUCAUCUAAAAAUAAAUUGGAUAAGUAUAUGGACGGGAAAGGAAUGGAGGGUUAUGGUCUGAGUGCAGGUCAAUGGACUAGGUGAAAGUAAGUGUUCAUCACGGACUACCCUGUAUAAGGGUCGAGAUGGCCUGUUUCCGUGCUGUAAUUGUUAUAUGGUUACACACCUCUUGCUAUCGUUAUUACAAUAUAUGAGCUUCAAAUUCAAACACUAAUUGUAUUUUGUUACUAGUUGCCAGUAUUUGCGCAAUCUUAAGGGGGUCCUCCAAGUUUCAUACUUCAGUACAUUUUAUAAAGUUAGAAUUCAAAACAUCAUUAAAUUUGAGAUUUCUAAGGUUCCUUGUUUAUGGCUGCCUUGGUAACGGUCGUUUUCAGUACGGCUUAUAUCGAAUAGCCUUCUGCUUAUCUCAAGACCGUUUUCCAUACACAGCUUUUUCAAUACUGCCUCUACAGCUUUUGCAGUUUUCAAUACUGCUUCUGCAGCUUUUAACUUUAAAGCUCUUAGGUUUUAAAGAAAAAACAUCCUUUCGGCUUGCUUCGUCUCCGUGAGCAUUCGGUCUCACCAGUCGCCGCGCCCCUGUGUGCGCCCGGUCUCUCCGGUCGCCGCGCCUUCAUUUGCGUCUGGUCGCUCCGCCUUCCGAACGCGGGCCUGCCCAGGGCUGGAGACCAAACGCUCACGGAGACGAAGCAAGCCGAAAGGAUGUGGGCCUUCACUCACCACCCUCAGCUGCUUGAAGUGUCCCGUCGAUAGCUCCAACCAGGUAUUUAUGUGUAGUGGCCCCAUCGAGAUGCAUUCGUGGCAUUCUUUGCUGAGCUGGAAGGCGUCCAUUUUUCUAGGGCUUUCUUUUUUCUGUUUCUUUCUUGGGCUAAAUCACACAAACCACUGCCACCAUGUUGUAUGUUACCUGUUAUACCAUUGUAAUGACUCUGGAAUGACCACAAGUACACGUAUUUAGGGGUUUGCAGCUGAGCAUAAAUCAAGGCUCUGUUUAUUUACGCGGGCAAACAAAGUAGUCCUUGUGAUAUAACAAAGUAGUCCUUGAAAUAUCAGAACAGAACUCAGUGGCUUCGGUCACAUCUGCAGAGGGAAGGGAAUCUAAGGCGACCACUCCCACCUCUCCUUUCCACCCCCCCACACCAAGCAGUCUGACGAAGGGUCCUGACCUAGAAUGUUGCCUGUCCAUGCUCGCCAGGUGCAAGUUACUCCAGGAGAUUGUGUCUCUUUUUGUAAACCGGCACCUGCUGUUCCUUGUAUCUAGACUAGGCGUACAGUUCACCCUACACUUGCGCUCGGUCUGCCAAGGCCUGUUGGAUCUCCCGUUUGGCAACUACUUUAACUCACCUUCCCACUCCUACACUGAUCUUUUUGUCCUGGGCCUCCUCCAUUGCCAGAGUGAGGUGACACACAAAUUGGAGGAACAGCACCUCAUAGCUUACAGCCCAAUGACAUGAACAUUGAAUUCUCCAAAUUAAGGAGACAUUCCCCCCCCCCCCCCCCCACUCCUAGUCAAGUCCUGGAGUCUGUCCAGACCCAUCUCUUUUAUCCAGCUUUCUCCCCCAACUCCAUCAGUUCAAAGAAGGGUCCAGUUCUGACACGUCGCCUGUCCAUUCCCCUCCAAAGUGCCGAUAGAACACAGCCGUGGUGGGAAACGGAUGGAGAACUGUUCCCAAUAUAAGCCCUACUUGCCCUGUCGAGAAUGCUGUGUCCAUUCUUGGGAUGGGAUGCAAGGUCCGAGCUGACCACUCGUGAGUGAGUGAGCGGGAUUGUGGGUGAGUGAGCGGGAUUGUGGGUGAGUGAGUGGGAUUGUGGGUGAGUGAGCGGGAUUGUGGGUGAGUGAGCGGGAGUGUGGGUGAGCGAACGUGGGUGUGUGAGUGUGGGUGGGUGUGUGAGUGAUUGGGGGGGGGUGGGGUGUGUCUGAGGGAUUGUGUGUGAGUGAGUGUGUGAAGCCCCAGAGCUGCGCGAGUGUCGAGGUGAGUUGGUGCCGGUCCAGCACCUCUAAAAAUACAUGGCUACCCUCUUUUUCUUUACUUGCUUAAUAAUUACAUUUACUGAUAAUUAGUGUGUGCAACAUAUUGUUAAAUUAAGUAUUAUAUAUACUGGCUCUGCACUGGGAUGUUGUGAUAGGCUAUAAUCUUGUUUGACCCACUUGGAGACUAGCUUGCCCCCCCCCCCCCCCCCCCCCCCCCCCCCCCCCCCGGGCCCCAAGCAGAACCUGAAAUGAAGCCCCCGUUGAAGCUCCGGCACCUAAAAAAUUUGCGCUCGCCGUGUCCAUUCUUGGGAUGGGAUGCAAGGUUCAAGCUGACCAAUCAUCAACAGCCCCCCAUCGUGGGCCAUCUCUUCGUCAUUCCUCUGCCUUCGCGCUGGCAAAAGGCGUCAGGAUUAAUCCCGAGUCACCGCUUCCCAUUCCCCGGCCGUUCCCCCUCAGCUACGAAUGGUGGGAUCUCGUUCACCGCUCUUGGACGUCCGCAAGACUCUGGCUGUGGUCAACAAGGACUUUUGCUCGUAACCUGCUGGAGCCAAGUUGUAUUCCAAUGAAAUAAAUGUGUUUUUUUAUAGCCUCAAAUAA